AUGUCCAAAACCAAAAUCCACACCCACACCAAACACAAAUCCUCCUCUCACUCCCACCUACCCCUUCCCGCCCCCGCUGGCCCCGUGACCCAUCCACUUCCCCAUCCCGCCCCUCUCCCACCUCCUGCGGCCAUCACCUACCCCCACGACAAACACUGGCGGGACUACUACCCCCCUUCUCCCCUCCCUACCUCGGCCGUCCUCCCCAAACCCCCCUCUGGCGUCCGCCUCUACUCUACCAAAUGGAAAAACGACAAUCCAAAUCCUAAAUCUGCGGCGGGUCGACAACAGGCAAUGUACGGUAUGCCAGGUAUGAUGGGCGGAAUGGGCGGCAUGGGGAUGGGCGGGAUGGGGUACCCCGGCAUGAUGGGUGGAGGGUACGGAAUGGGAGGGAUGGGGAUGGGCGGGUACGGAAUGGGCGGGUAUGGGAUGGGUGGGAUGGGCAUGGGCGGGAUGUACCCUGGUGCGAUGGGUAUGGGGGGUAUGGGCAUGGGCGGGAUGGGUGGAUACGGAAUGCCUCGAUACGGCGGCGGCAUGUACGGCGGCGGAAUGUAUGGCGGAGGAAUGGACCCUUACUAUGGUAUGCCUCCCGCUGCAAUGUUCACCGACGACUUCCCUGAUGCUCACCGGUAA